AGUGAGACAGCUCUUCUGUAGGUGAUGUGAGACCACCGUGGCCCCUGGAGCUGGAUGUCACUGUCCUGGGAGAGCCCUGGUGAGCUCUAGGAAUUCUUGACUCUGCUACAUUCCUCCCCAUAAAGGACUACACCCCACCAGGCUGAGCAUCCUCCUGCCUGUAGUCACUGCAGCUGCCUGGCUCCAGUGCACUGCCACCCACUGCCUCACGGUCUCCAUGUAGAAGCAUCCACAUCCUGGACAUGCCCUCUAACAGCUCCCCUGCCUUCUUCAUGUCCUGGGGCUCCCCUGUGCCCCUCUUGUCAUAUGGAUGCUCAGCAGCCUCAUACAUGAUGUGCUAGCUGGUGCUUGGGCUUCGUACUGUGAGGUGCCCUCAGCCAUUCAGGACAAGAUCUCAAGGGCUUUUUUGCCUGGUGAACUGUGCAUGUUGUUUCCCUUGCCUGUGGUCACUAUUUUUCAUUUCCACAAGUUUAUUUCUUGGCCUCUCAGCGUAUCCCAUCCACUGAGGACAUGGAGUGGCCCUGUAGGUAUUCCUGGUGGCAUCUUGGAAUUGUCUUCUUUGUGCAUUGGGCAGCUGGAGACAUGGGGAACAAAGCCAAGAGCUGUGAAGCGGUGAGACAGGUGUAUAAUGCCAAAGGCUUCAGCCUAAAUGGAGUCCCUCAGUCAGAAAUAUCAGGUGAACAUCUGAGGAUGUGUCCACAGGGUUACACCUGCUGCACCUCCGACAUGGAAGAAAACUUCGCCAAUAUCAGCAAGAUGGAGUUUGAGAACUCGCUGAGACAAUUCAGCCUGUCCGUCCAGGACCAACUCUUCGCACAGACCCGAAACUUUGACAGGUACUUCCAGGACCUACUGAACAAAUCGGAGCAGAUUCUUCUGGAAACAUUUCCCGCCCAGUAUGGGGAACUUUACACCCAAAAUGAUGGGAAGAUUUUCAAAAACUUGUACAUAGAGCUCCGUCAGUAUUACCGCGGGCCGGCAGUGAAUCUGGAGGAGGCACUGACAGAGUUCUGGAGCCACCUGCUGGAGAGAGUGUUCAAGACACAGAACUCACAGUACCCCUUUUCUUACGAGUAUAUGGACUGCUUGGCAAAGCAAUACGACCAGCUUAAGCCAUUUGGGGACAUUCCACGUGAAAUGAAAUUAAAAGCGACCAGGGCGUUUAUUGCUGCCCGAUCGUUUGUCCAGGGACUUGGCGCUGCUGCUGACAUCGUCAGGAAGGUCACCCAGGUCCCUAUGAGUCAAGAAUGCAUACGUGAAGUUAUGAAGCUCAUGUAUUGUCCUCUCUGUCGUGGCCACUCCAACAUCAAGCUGUGUGAUAAUUACUGCUGGAACGUCAUGCGAGGAUGUCUCGCUAAUCAAGCAGAUUUGGACCCCGAGUGGCGGAAUCUGGUUGAAUCCUUAUUGCUGGUGGCGGGCAAGUUUAAUGGCGUUACCGGUGUGGAGAACAUUGUGGGAACCAUUCACACAAAGAUCUCAGAGGCCAUUACCCAUAUGCAGGAGAACAAGGAGGUCAUAAAAAACAAGGUGUUUAAAAGUUGUGGAAAUCCCAAAAAGGGCAACAAGGGCUCCAAGACAGAGGAGAGAAAAAGAAAAGGCAAAGCAGCUCCAGAAGAUAAAUACACAGUUCCCAGUAUGGACAACCUGGUUUCUGAUGUAAAAGUAAAGCUCACUGAAAUCCAAGAUUAUUGGGUAUCUCUACCAAACCUAUUCUGCAGUGAAAAGGUCAUCGCUGGUCCAGGCAAUGAAGACAAGUGCUGGAAUGGAAUGGCCAGAGCAAGGUAUAUGCCUGAGCGUAUGGGCAGCGGACUCGCCAACCAGAUAAAUAAUCCUGAGAUUGAUGUGGAUAUUACAAAGCCUGACAUGACCAUCCGUCAGCAGAUCAUGCAGCUGAAGAUUAUGACUAAUCGUCUCCGCAAUGCCUACAAUGGAAAUGACGUGGACUUCCAGGACACAAGUGAUGACAUCAGCGGUUCAGGGAGCGGAGAUGGCUGCACCGAUAGUGUAUGCGUCAGGACAGCCUCACGAGACUCCACUGUAUUUCACACUGAAACACAUGUAGUCAUCAAAGAGAAAUCACCAGGGUCAAACGGAAACCUAAACUCAUGGAACCUCCUGCUACUUGUAUCCGCUCUGCUUGUGGCACACUUUGCCAGGUGGUAACCCCUGUGAAUUGUCCUAUAAAGGGAAUGCGGUCACUUUUCUCCCUCAAUGAACUUGACCUUCUUCUAUACUUGGAAGUAGAUAAAAAUGGAAAGCAAGCGAGUGUUGGAGAUCAGGCCACUAUAACACUGUGCUCUCCUGCAGACUCAACCUGUCUCCUCCAUACCUGUACAUUUUUUUUGUAAUUGCGUGUGUUUUAUUUUCUGAUACAGACAAACCAUAUCUGGCUGUUUUGGUUAAUAGGAAAAAAAAUGUUAAAAGUGACAUAAAACUUCACUAAUAUUGUGUCUCUUUUUUCUAAAAUAAAAUGGCAAAAAAGUGUAAAAUGUAAAAUAUUUAUUAGUGCAAAGACAUACAGUUCUAUACCUAUACAACUGACAACCACAGAGAAGCAAUGUAUGCAAUUUUCCUUGUUUCUAUAUAAAGCACAUUUUUCUUCAUAUCCGCCACUGG